AUGCGCGUGUGGUCUAUCCUAUCGCUCGCGGGCCUUUCCGCGGCUUCUGUGAUCUCGAGCGUUGCAGUGCCGACGAUCAAAGCUACCAUCCCUACGACUACUGUGACAAGCUCUGUCACAACCACUGAUAAGACAUCGACUUCUUCAACCUCCAGCACCAUCGUCACAGUAGCCACGGAUAGCAGUGGCCAAUUCACUGCUAUAGGCGAUGCAAUUACCUAUGCCCAAAGCCAUGGAAUUCCAACUGUGACUGUUCUUGCGGGUACAUACACCCAGGCUGUCACUGUCUCCGCAACACCCACCGUCACCGUCAUUGGACAAAGUGAUGCAUCGAACGACUACAGCCAGAACAAAGUCACUAUCACCAAUGCCGGUACAGUUCUCACUGUCAACAACAAUGUGAAGCAAGUCAGCUUCAAAAAUGUGAACUUUUUGAACACAGACUCGAACUCUGGUGCCAUGGUGCUGAAGGGAAACAAAUAUGCCUUUUAUGAUUGCCAGAUUGUGUCAACUGGAAGCUUGGGAGUAACCGCCAGUGUUGGCCUUGGGGUCAUUGCAAACUCCUACAUCGAAGCGCUUGACAAAAUUAUAUAUGGCGGCGCCAACAUAUAUGUCUACAACACUGAGAUUGUACCCGUUCACAGCUCUGCACUGCUUGCCUACAUGAAGGGUACCACUCAAACCACCACUUCAACAUUAUACAACUCGACCAUGGUAUUUGACCACGUCACAGUGGCCGCGAAGUCUGGGUCAUCAAUAAGCAAUGUGGCAUUGGGUUCCGCCAACGGGCCUGGAAUGGUUGUGGUCUGGCGCAACUCAGUUCUUGGCAGUUUGAUCGCAGCCUCCGGUGCUCACAUUGACUCCACCACCCAGGAUGGAUACAAUUUAGUUACUGAGUACUCUAAUACGGGCUCAGGCUCAUAUGCAAACAACGCCGGAACCCGAGCCACCUAUGUGUCAAAACUUGACGCGUCGGAUUUGUCUGGGUACAGCCUCAGUGCAGUCUUCGCCGCUGCUUACCCGAGUUACGCUUCCACAGAUAUCACUUGGGUGGACUCGUCAGUUUUGGCAGCCGUAGAGAGCGCCGACGUGAUCAGCACCUCAACCUUGACAUCGUCCAGCACUCUCUCCGGCACUUCCUCCAUCCCGACCACUGUUGUUUCUGCUACUGCGACCACCACCGCCGCUACCGCAACAUCUACAUUUGUCGUCAACCCGACAGCCGGUCCAUACAUGAAUAUAACUGCUGCUAUUGCCGCCUUGCCCAGUGAUGGCAAUGGGUACACUGUUUACGUCAUGGCUGGCACGUACAACGAACAAAUUUCUGUCACUCGGAAGGGAAAGACGAUCCUUCGCGGUCAAACGGUCUUCGAGAAUGAUUACACCCAGAAUACAGUCGCAGUAUCUUACUCCAACGGUGUUCUGACGAGUGCCAACAAGGACGAGGAAACUCCAGUGGUCAAUGCCAAGAACACUGACGGCAAGGGCCUGGCUAUCUACAAUAUCAAUUUCCAAAACACUUAUCCCCAGACUGCCAACACUGCUGCCCUUGCUGCUGACUUUUACGGUACAGUGCAGUCAUAUGGAUGCUCUUACAUUGGUUACCAAGACACACUGCUCGCAAACAAAGGCACUCAGGUGUUUUCCAACUGUUACAUCGAGGGCUCGAUUGACUUCAUUUGGGGUUUCUCCACAGCGUUCUUCCACAAGUCAGUCAUCGCAACUAAUACCGCUGGCUCUUGUAUUGCUGCAAUGAGCCGCUCUUCCUCCACCGCAACUGGAGGUUACGUUUUUGACAAUUGCCUUGUCACAUACACUUCGAGCUACGGCAGCACCUACCAGAACACAUGGCUCGGCAGACCCUAUUCCUCCUACAGUCGCGUUGUUUACAUGAACUCAUACCUCGAUCAACAUAUUAACCCCAUAGGAUGGCAUGUGUGGUCAACCAGCACUCCUCAAACAGACUACGUGACAUUUGGAGAGUUCAACAACACAGGUCCUGGAAGCUGGUCUAGCAGCCGUGCAUCAUUCGCUACCAACCUGACUGCAACCCAAGCCGAUGCAUACACACUGUCAAACUGGGUUGGAGGCACCUCUUGGCUGGAUAUGGAUGCCUACGCCUAUGUUCCUUCCUACGACCUGACCGGUGGCAAGACUACAACAGCUACAGCCACUAGCUCUUCAGUUUCCACGACCUCCACUGCUGUCGCAACCGCCUCUGCGGUAUGGGCUCACCCUUCAAGUGGAACUACUCCUCCAGCUGGAGCAGUUUUAGUCAGUGUGUCCGCAUCUGUCAACGGGUCAUAUGGCAAUCUCACAGAUGCGCUGGCAUCUCUCCCCAAUGAUGCAACUACUCAGAUCAUCUUCAUGUAUGCCGGAAGAUAUGAGGAGCAAGUGCCCACUAUCAACCGAAAGGGCCCUGUGAUGAUCAUUGGUUACACCACUGGAAAUCCGGGCCAGAGCUAUGCCGACAACGAAGUUACGAUCACAUUUGCGCGUGGACUUUCUGUCUCCCCUUUGCCAACAGGCCACUCCGACGCUGAAACAGCCACUGUUGCUACCGCGUCAACCAAAAUCGCCUUCUACAAUAUUAACAUCGUGAACUCGGAUAACCUUGAUGGCCGUGAAUCUUCUUAUGUCACACUUGCGGCAUCUAUCUACGGCAACCAUGUUGCAUUCUACGGCGUCUAUCUUCAAGGAUGGCAAGAUACCCUCCUGACUGGCAGUACGACAGGCUCUCAAUAUUAUGAGUCCUCUUAUAUUGAGGGCGCGAUUGAUUUCAUCUGGGGAUACUCCAAGGCAUACUUCAAAGGCUGUACAAUUGGAGCGAAGAGAGCGAAGUCCGCAAUCACGGCGCAGAGCCGAGCCUCAUCUACCGCGAUUGGCGGUUACAUCUUCGAUCAAACUUUGUUCACCGCAGCCGCUGAUGCGACCGUUGAUCUGAAGGGAUCUGUCUACCUUGGUCGUCCCUAUUCACAGUACGCCCUCGUCGUGAUCAAGAACUCAUAUCUCACCGACGUGAUCAAUCCAUCCGGUUGGAAAAUUUGGUCGACCAGUGAUCCUCGGACUGCUGCUGUCACCUUUGCUGAAUUCAACAACACUGGCCCUGGUAAUUGGGAGAACAAUGAGGCUGCGCGUGAAGCAUUCGGAUACGCCACACUCCUGACAGAGGACACCUACUCCCUGGCAAGUGUCAUGGACUCAACUGACUGGAUUGAUAUGACAUACUGGGAUACCUUAGACACUCCUACUGCAGUCUCCCCAACAGCCACUGCGAAUAGCACUGCUACUGCAUCUGCAUCUGCAACAGCGACAGUCGCAUAUGAUGGAAUCACUCCACCACCCGGUGCUUAUAUUGUGUCGAAGACCCUGUCCGGAACAAACACUACUGUCUACGACACAAUCCAGAGUGCUCUUGAUGCCAUGCCAACAUCGUCCAAAGUCACCCCCACGAUUUUCAUUUAUCCCGGUACCUACGAAGAGCAACUGGUCAUCGCCAAGUCUGGCUCUGUCAUACUGAUGGGUUACUCUGAUUCGACUUACGACUACUCCAAAAACCAGGUAACCAUUCAGUAUAAUCACGGUAUUGAUACGGGCGCAGAUCAAUCCAAUUCUGACGGCGCAACCGUCUAUGCUACUGGUAACUACUUCGAGGCCAUGAAUAUCAACUUCGUGAACAACAAUGGGACUCAGAAAGACAUUGCUACUCUUGGCUUUGCUGUCAAGUCAAGCAAAUAUGCCAGUCUUUACGGUUGCCAAGUGAAAGGAAACCAAGAUGCGCUUUUGAUCAACGGUUACCUUUUCAUGAGCAACGGAUACGUCGAGGGUAACAUUGACAUGAUUUGGGGAAGUGGCUCUGCUUAUUUCUUGAACACCACCAUCUCGCCAAAUGAGGAUGACAUCAACAUCACUGCUGAUAAGCGAGCCACAAGUGCCUCCGUUGGAGGCUUCGUUUUUGAUCAGUGCAAAGUUACUCCUUCCACUGGAGCUGGGUCUAUGUCGAAGAUCUCCCUCGGAAGGCCAUGGAGCCAGUAUGCUCGAGUCGCAUACAUUGACACCUAUCUCGAUUCCUCUGUUGAGGCUGCUGGGUGGGAGCAAUGGUCCACGUCUAGCCCACAGACUUCCGGAGUUACAUUUGCUGAGUACAGAAAUUAUGGACCGGGCUCUAGUACUUUGAAGCGCGCAUCAUUUGCCUCUCAGCUCAGUGACACCGAUGUCAUUCAGUUCGAGAUUGCCAACUUCUUUGCAAGCACAUCUUGGAUUGAUUUCAGCCAUGUUGAUGGCACUCCUUUCGUGCCUGGAACUGCUUCCACCACUACCACAGCUGCUGCUUCAAGCGUCGCCGUGACAAGCGCUGCAUCUACAACAGCUAGCUCUUUGACUGUCGUAUCUGUCUCUACACCCACUGUCACUACGACCAUCGAGGUGGUCUCCACUUCGUUUACGACUGCCUUCAUUACGGUCACUCCGACCGACAAAACUUCAACUGUCAAGUCCACCGUGGUUUUGACGAUCAAACCUGACGAGGCCACAAAAACUACAACCAUCAAGUCGACCACCACCAGUUUAGAUGUUGUCACUGAACCAACAACGACAUCCACAAAGACUGCAUUUGUGACAGUGGAUGUUGGUCAGACGAUCACACUAAAUCCAAAGACUGUCACGAAGACCGAUAAGGCUACAACCACAGAUACCUCCACUGUCACUGGCAAGGACACCACAAAGACAGUGAAAAGCACCGUGACCUCGACGUCUACUGUCACCGCCCGCGCCUCUACCGUCACCAUCAAGGAGACUUCAACGACAACCAGCUUGAAAACAACCAGCGCGAAGGCAGGAAAGGUGACUGCUGUCACCACUAUUACUGUGGGAUCUGGAGGAACGACAACUGUUAGUGCCAAGGCCACCACCGAAAUCGUGACUUCCACUUCUACCAAGUUCACCACCAAGACAGCGACAACAACAUUGAGCUGCGAUUCCACCGCUAAGCUGAGGAGGCGCGAUAUUUACCCCAGGGGAAACACUGCUACGAUCACCGACUACGUCACUGAAAUUGUCUACGUUACAAAGACCACGAGCACCACCAUUCCCGUCGUCACAGACUACAUCACCGACAUCACGACCAAGACAACGCAGCUCAAAGCUUCGACCGUCACGGACACCAUCACCUCCAUUGCGACCAAGCUAUCAACAAGCGUCAUUCCCGUCGUCACCUCCCUCGUUACCGUGACUGACACAACCUCCGUUGGAAAGACCACCACACUGAAGCCUUCCACGGUCACCAUCACAGUUGCAUCCUUGGUUGACAAACACGCCACAGUGACUAUGCCAGGCGAGACCGUCACAAUUGUGAGUUUGAAAACAGCGACCGUGAAAAGUACUCUCAACCAGCCUGCCGCAACCACUACCAGUACUGUCAUGACUACCGUCAAGAGUACCACCACCCUUCCUGCUUCAACGAGCACUAUCUUCAAAACUUCGACUUUGACCAACAGUCCUUCGGUCACUAUCACCAACCGCGCUACGUCUACCUCCACCAAGGUUGUCAAGACUACUUCGACGAGUACUGUCACUGUUAUGAAGACUGCCAAGUGCUCUUGA